AUGGCCAACUUGAAAGCUGCUGAUCAAUUUGCCUACUUGUGCAGUUCUGAACAAAAACUAUCAGAUGGAGAGAAAGAAUUUGAGGUGACUUUAACGUUUUCGGGGGAUUCGAGAAAUUCUGAUAUUGCACAACCAAGUCAUCAUACUGGAGCGAGAGUCACGAUACCCUCGGCAAAUUUACUAGAGAUAACAGUUGAGGACGAAGGAGAUAAUAGUAAAGUUGCAAAAUCUGUUAAUCAUACUAUUUCUGAGCGAAAAGCCCCGGUCAUAGGACUGUUGAUUAUCACAUCUAUGUUAGGUGUACUUAUAAGAAUUUGGCUCACUUAUUUGAUUACCUAUCCUGGAACACCAGUGUUUCCACUUCUAGGCCCGCAAUUUCUUGGCUGUAAUAUGUUAUCAAUCGAUGGUGCAAUUGGAUAUUACCCCAUUUCUUCGCUCGAUCUUGCUAAAAUUGUUUCUUAUAAUAAUAUCGAUAAAAAAGGUCUCACUACAGGUCUUUGUGGCUCUAUCACAACUUUUUCGUCAUGGAAUGUAGCGAUCAUUCAGUCAUUGCUAAAUUAUAGAGGACUUCAACAUGGAGCCAUAGAUAAUCCAAUUUCAGCAUUAUCUCAUUUUGCUAUCACAUUAGGCAUGUCAGUGAGUGGAUUAAAAUUCGGUGAAAAUCUUGCCGAUUUUUUCGUACCAACUAAGUCAAAACAGAACAAAACCGAAAAUACCAAAAUAGUAUACACGAUUACACCUGCAAAGUUUAAUCUAAAUCGCCUUAAUUUGGUUGAUUGGAUAUGUGUUAUUCUUGGGCUUGGAUCUUUAAUUGCUGUAAUUAUGAUUUCGGCAUUUUGGCAUCACUAUCGACAGAUUUUAUUAGCUACUGUUUUUGCACCUUUUGGCACAUUAAUACGCUGGCAACUAGCAAGGUUGAACAUGGUCACCUUGUCUUUUCCAUUGGGAACUUAUGCCGCAAACAUCUCGGGAACUUUUAUCCUUGCGUUAUUGUUUAUGCUUGGCAAUGGUGAGAUGUCGUCUAUCCUGGGUUGUGAUUUAAUUUCAGCGAUCUCAGUUGGAUUUUGCGGUAUUGGUUGUUUGACUACUGUAUCAACAUUUGCGGCCGAGAUAACGACACUAUCAAACCAAAACGCAUAUCGAUACGCAAUUAUUUCUAUGAUAACCGCGCAGCUUUCGAUGCUGCUUGUUAUUGGUAUUUAUGAUUGGACCAUAAAGUUAGAGCCGACGUGCGGAUAA